UCGAUUGAGUUAGUUAAUGGUCGUUGAAAAGUUAAAACCUGUGAAUUUCGUUUAUUUAUUCUUUAAUCGACUGGAAUAUAUACAUAUAAACUAUAGUAACAGUUUGGUUGCUUGCAGUAUUACUAAAUCGGAGUUUUAAUAGAAAAUUACCGCAGUGUUAAUACAGAUUAACAUUUUACAUUCGCUAGCCCAUUUACAGAAAGUAUGUCACUAAUCGAUAAAUUACAAGAACCCGAUGACAACAUACCAUUGGCUGAUGAGGACACACAAGUAAUCAUCAAUGACGAAGAUCCUCAUGGAAAUAAUAUACCCAAUGGACGUUCAAUGGAUUCGCUGCGUUCAUCCUUCACUAAUCGCAGCACCACCCCUGACUCAUCCCACAACUCAUUGGAAGCUGAUGUUAGCCCCGAUGAGAAAGAGGAGAAGGCUCGCCUGAUUACACAAGUGUUGGAACUGCAAAACACACUCGAUGAUCUUUCACAGCGUGUCGACUCAGUGAAAGAAGAAAAUUUAAAGUUACGAUCCGAAAACCAGGUCCUUGGACAAUACAUAGAAAAUUUAAUGUCAGCUUCGUCAGUAUUUCAGUCGACAAGCCCAAAUGCGAAAAAGAAGUGAAGAGUGUCGGAAAUAAGCUGUCAAGAUUCCUUUGAACCAGCAAAUGACGGGGAUUCGUACGCACGUAAAAUUAAUUUUUCUUUUGCUGUAUUCAAGUUUAAAUAUUGCGAAAUUCAUGAUCUUUUAUUGUAACAUAAAUGCUUAAACGCAUUUCUGAACUUUUUGUACGUUGUCGAAUUUAUGCAUCUAAUCAAUUCAUAUUCAGUUACGCAUUGAAGAAUUUUUGGCAAAAACGUUUUUAUUAUUAACUAGGAUAUGUAUCGCUAUAGUUUUAUAUAUAUAUAUUUUUAAAGUACACAACAACCACAUACACAUACGCAUAACUUGCUACACGAUACCAAAUAAAAUGCCUUGUUCUGAAA